CACAUUUAGAACCAGAACGCGAUACCAGAACAUCGCUUAUUAUAUACUGUAUAAUAUCGGUCUCCUAUAUAAAAGCAUCAUCUUCGGAAAAACAUGAAGAUUUUCAUUCUUCUACUCAGCGUCAUCACCGUAGCUUCUGCGGCCACUGACCCUGAAUGUAGCGGCUACGAUCAUGAUACUUACGGGUGUUCCGGGGAAUGUAUCGCUACGGGUUCCUGUCCAGCUAGUAAAUACCAGAGUAACCUCUGUCCUACACAAGCCAACGAUAUCAAAUGCUGCUUUACAGCGGAUACUGAUUCAGAGUGUGCUGAAUACAACCACGCGACAUAUGGCCAGGUGGGAAAGUGCGUAGCCACUUCUCAGUGCCCUUUUAACAACUACAUAUCCAACCUGUGUCCAUCCAAGGCAACCGAUGUCAAGUGCUGCUUCAGCAAACCUUCAGGAACAUGCGGCGGCGGAGGAGGAGGAGGGACUCGACAGGAGUUGGCCUGUGAAAUAUUGACCCACUCAAGAGUAAACCUCUUAGAUAAUACUGGUUACCUCAACCCUGACGGAUGGGAUGAUGGGGCAGACGCAAGAUCAAACAUCGUAGAUACCUGUAAUGGUGACAGUGCUAAAAGAUCAUCGUAA